AUGGAGAGCAGUGGUGAAAUGGUGGCGCUGCCGGUGUUGGUGGAUUCGAAUUACAGAGCUUGCACCAUUCCCUACCGAUUCCCUUCCGACAAUCCCAAAAGACCAACCCCUACUGAGCUUUCUUGGAUCAACCUCUUCGCCAAUUCGAUCCCCUCUUUCCGUGAACGCGCUGAGAGCGAUGAUACGGUUCCAGAUGCUGCUGCCAAAGCUGAAAAAUUUGCUCACAGGUAUGCAGAAAUACUUGAGGAUUUGAAGAAAGAUCCUGAGAGUCAUGGUGGCCCACCUGAUUGCAUUCUCCUUUGCCAACUUCGUGAACAGGUCCUCAGAGAAGUGGGAUUCAGAGAUAUAUUCAAAAAGGUCAAGGAUGAAGAAAAUGCAAAGGCAAUAUCCUUGUUUGAGGGUGUUGUACAUCUUAAUGAUUCUAUCCAGAAUGAACUCGAGCGUUUUGAGAACUUGCUUAGGGGGAUCCUUGCGGGUAACAUAUUUGAUCUUGGCUCGGCUCAGCUGGCAGAAAUAUUUGCAAAGGAUGGUAUGUCUUUUCAAGCUAGCUGCCAGAAUCUUGUCCCUAGACCCUGGGUGAUUGAUGAUUUGAACAAGUUCAUUUUGAAAUGGGCCCGGAGAUCUUGGAAAAAGGCUGUAAUCCUUGUAGAUAAUUCUGGCGCAGAUAUCAUUUUGGGUAUAUUGCCGUUUGCAAGGGAGUUACUCCGCCAAGGUGUGCAGGUUGUUUUGGCUGCAAAUGACUUGCCUUCUAUUAAUGAUGUAACAUACCCUGAGUUAGUUGAGAUUAUAGCCAAGUUGAAGGAUGAGAAUGGCAAGCUUCUGGGAGUUGAUAUUUCAAAUCUUUUAAUUGCAAAUUCUGGUAAUGAUUUACCGGUUAUUGAUCUUACAAGAGUAUCCCAAGAACUUGCUUACCUGGCAAGUGAUGCGGACCUUGUCAUAAUGGAAGGGAUGGUAAAUGAUUAUGAUCCACCUGCAUUCUUCUGCUAA